GUCAAAAAAGAAUGGAGCUUCAAAAGCAAAGAGUAGCUAGCUUGCUACAUACACUAAGCUAUUUUAAAAAUCAGAAAAACAGCCACAUGGUUAAAGAUUCUGGACUGUUCCUGCACCACAGAGGACUGUCAAAGUCUGGCCAAACAAUGGGUUCUAUCAUGGGCUGCAGUGUGUCCAAUAGUACACUUACAAGACAUAGAGAACAUUUAUCAGUACUCAACUCUAAAUCAGUCACUCAAUGCCUCAAUAAAGUAGCUAAGAACAAGAAGCUACUACUUGGGUUCAUUGAUGACUUUCACAAUGUGCACACAAUAAGGGUUCCUACAGAACAUCAUGCAUCAUCAGCAGUGAGCAUGGCCACUCUAUUGGUUCAACAGGUUCCUGUUCCUGCCAUUACCGCUUCUCCAGACCUCCAUACCUCCGUUCUUGUGGACAAGAAGCUGUGCCGUGGGGGCAUUGACAUCUCUGCUGUCCAAACAGUCAUCUCUAAACUUCAACAGAAAAGAGCUAGUAAUUUAUUUCAGUUACUGCCAGAGGAGUUACUUCAGCCAAAUCAAACAAUCUCAACAGCAACACUGGAAGAACUGAGAGUUUACAAUGAGGUGCAACAUAGGGAGCUAAACAAGCUCAACACUACCUUGCUGAUUGAUGAAGUUCAUCAGCCUCUUCAUUCCUUAGCAGAUUAUGAAAAGGCAUUCAGGAGGUUGUUUUUAAGUGAUGAGCUCCUGGACUAUAUCAAAAGCAAUGCAGUUUUUCUUCCUGGGGAUUACCCAACUUUCUACUUCAUGAAAAAACUCAUAGCCCAACUGCCCAUCACAGAUCAUCGCCUUCACGUUGUUCCACUUCAAGGUCCAUUUCACGUCUUCUUAAACCUGAUCGAGGAUAUUGUCAUAACAAAUCACGCCUUCUUUGCCAAUCUGUAUCGUGAAGUCUUUGGAGGGAUUCUCGCUAAAAAACCAAAACCCUUUCGUAUCAGUCUUGUCAUUGUUGCUGCAUACCUUGGCUGGCAUCAUAUUCGCUCAUCUAUUCUUCAUAAAUUUCAUCUAUCUAAAGAUUUGGAAGUUCUUUAUAUCCUCUUUCUUUUAGAUACUCUCAUUCCAACAGCAUUUGUUUAUUAUUCUAAAAUCUUUCGUACUGGAGACCUGAUCAAUUUCCGACUCAUCACAUCUCUCAUUGCCAUCAUCUUCAUCAUACUUCGUCGCAAACAUUACAACAAAGCUACUUUGGCAAGCAUAAGCGACGACAUUCAUCAUCAAGGUUUACCAGUCUAUGAGCAAAUCAAAAAUUCUCAUCUUAGCAUUUUCACCGAAAAACUUGUGGAACUCUUUCACAGUGUUCUGCGACGUCACAUUCAGCCACAUUCCACCCAUCAGCAAAUUUCACAAAGGGCUAAAGAACUUUCGGCAGCAAACAUCGAUUCAUUUUCAAGUAACUUCACCAACCAACCAUCAUCUUCAUCCCACUCUAAAGACCUUACUUUGAUCACACACAAAACUGCUGUAUUCCUAGUCAAGUCAUUUUCUGCAAUAGCUGAUCACAUAGGCCAGGCCAACCAGAGUGAAACGAAGCCAAAGGAACUUCCAAAGUACCAUCUACCAGGGCUGCAAAUUGAUGUGGAUGUGAGGAACAUGCCUCUUGGAUUUUCUUUUUACGAUUUUAGCGUUAGCAUACCAAAUAUACAUGUGAGAUGUGAAAGCACAGAGUGUUUGGCUGAUGAAAAUGCAGAAUUCAAAAUACUCAUGUGUGGGCACUCAUUUCAUAUAGCCUGCAUGCCCAACCAAUGCCCUUUUUGCCUAAAAAACAUAAACAAAAGACUAGCAGACCUUUCAAACACUUUUAAUCUGUCAUUACUACAAAAAAAAUGUCCGGAUAUCAAAAGAGAAAGUGAUUGCUCUACAGACGAUCUUUCCUCAUCACCAUCUAAAAGCCCUUAUUACCAUUCACAAGACUUUCACCAUGAUCUACAAAAACACAUCAAUUCCAUCAGCACCCUGCCAUUUCCAGCAAAAAACAACAUCAAACAAACACAACAAGAAACCAAACAAUCAUACAAGCAAAACACUGUUAUCACUCCCAAAAUACACACAAACCCAGGCAAGCUAGCAGACAAAUUAAAAAACCACACAAACUUACCACUAAACAAUCUUCACUUCACAGAACUUAAGGACAUUGAAAAGCUAGCAUGCCCAUGGCAGGGAACAACAUCUCAUGGCAUUAAACUCAUCAACACAUGCCCCAUGGAUUUCAUCCUCAGUUGCAUAAUCAUAUCUGCCAUUAAAUCACCUUCAUUUCGGAACCUGCUUUUUUCGUUAUCAAACCCCACUGCAUUAUCCCUCCAGCAAAUGUACCAUAUGCUACACGCCACCAAGUCCUGGUCAGACAUACGCCUUCAUUGGCUGAAACUUACAAACAACAGAUUUUUAGCCGCAAAUCUGAACAACAACACCCUCAACUGCUGGGGUGAGGAAAUGGACCUUAUCCUCUCCCCCAUUUGGAAUUCAUCCCUGGGAAACAUGUCUGCAAAACCCAUACACCAUUGUCCAACCUGCAACCAAACCAGAGCAAGAAACCCAAUUAAAACCCUUCCAGUGCACAAAAUUCUAAAACAGCAUGGAAGUGGCAUCACACACCUGCAAACUGCAGUAAAUGAAGUUCUAACACCAACAUCUACAAAAUACACAGAUUCUAAGUGCCCACAGUGCAAUACGACAGAAAGGAUUCAUUUUGAACUCGAAAGACAGCCUCCUUUGUUGUUGUUGUGGGUGUAUCCAUAUGCACUGGAGCAACGUGGCAUAAAGUUGACAGAUGUGCCUAAACACUUAACUCUAGCAACACAGAAAAUAGAUAUACACUGGUGGGCACUUCAGCUUACAGAGAUAGUCACUACAGUAGUCACUUUGUGCGAGAUAGGGUAUUUAUAAAGUACGAUCCACUUCAUUUACCUGGUGACUGUAAGACUGCACUGGAUCUUUCAGUUCAUAACAGCCCACAGAUGACCAACACCUUAGUGUACAUUUUAUGAUUUGUUUCAAGUCACUUACUUAUUGGUUUGCUUGAAGACUUAAGGCUUUGGGCAUGUCACUGGCUUAUGUUAAAACUCCUUAAAGUAAUAGCUGUAUGUGAUAAUGUUAGAAAUGGUCCAGUCAUAAGCUUGAAAAUUUGAAACAAGUAUUUUAAAAACGUGAGAUUGCACUAGUAUGAAAUGGAUGUUUUCUGGGGUAUCACAUGGUGAUACACAUUUUUAAUGCAACUGUUAAGAAAAAACUGUCCAGUGUAGUUUGCAGUGGUUUGGUGCCAUUUCUAUGUGUGGAAAACAAAUAGGAUUCUGAGUCAGAGUGUAAAGCAAUACUUGGUGCACCUCAGACAUUUCUCAUCACAUUAUACAUCAAGAUGUCAGACCUGGUAAUAAUGAAGUAGAAUAACUGGUAAUGAAGCAUGUGAAAAACUACCUUGAUCAGAACUCUGCAGUUCACAAUGUAUUACCUGAAC